AUGGAGGCGGCUAUAAGAAUCUCUCUUAGGGCCGCCGCUGUCGCUUAUGAUGAUUUGGAUACUGUAGCGGAUACGGUCCGGGCGGCGAUGGUGCCUAAUGGGACGGAGCCCGUGCCGCAGCGGAUCCACCGGCUGCUCGGGGCGGCGCAUUUCGGACUGACGCACGCGCCGUCGGGCGGCGUGCGGUGGCAGCGAGGAGAGGAGGAGGAGGAGGGGGGAGUGGGAGGGGGCUUGGGGCUUGGAGGGUCUGGAGGAGAGAGGCAGGCAGGCAGGAGGAGGAGAGCAGCAGGGAGGAGGAGGAGCAGCGGAGGAGGAGCGAGGAGCAGGAGGAGGAGAGCAGCAGGAGGAGAGGCAGGAGAGCGAGGGGGAGCAGCGGAGGUACAGCAGGAGGAGGUAGCAGCAGGGCAGCAGCGUAGGAGCGAGGGGAGCAGCGAGGAGGGGAGUGAGCUACCCGUGGGCAUACGAGCUGGCCAACGGGUUUCUGCAGCUGAGUCGCGUGUUGGGGCACCACCGUCUCGCGAGGAGCAGGAGCGCGCGGGCGAGAUGAGCGCCCUAUGCGCGCGGUUCGUGCUCAGACUGGCCAUUGAGCCGCUGCUGGUGGUGGAAGAAGAGGGGGAGGAGGAGGGGGAUGGGGAGGAGAAAAAGGAGGAGAAAGGGGAGGAGGGGGUGGAGAGGGGAGGGACCGAGGGGGAAGGGGGAGAGGGGAAAGGGGCCGAGGGGGAACGAAUGGAGGUGGAAGGGGAAGGGGGGGGGGAGGGGGAGGGGGAGGGGGAUGGGGAAGGGGAAAGGGACGGGGAUGGGGAGGGGAAGGAGGAGAAAGGGGCGGACGGUGUGGAAGGGAAGGGGGCGGAGGGGAAUGGGCAGGGGGAAAGGGGCGGAGGGGAAAGGGGAGGAGGGGAAAGCGAACGGAACAGAAGGGAAGGGGGACGAAGAGAAAGGGGAGGAGGGGAGGAAGGGGGAGUGCAGCGCGAUGGGAAGAGCGUGCGGCCGUUCCGCAGCAAGAGUGUGCAAUCGGGUGAUGGCAACAAGAGUGUGCGGCAGUGCGAUGGCAGCCGGGCAGGAGAGACAGGGGAGACGUUUGAGCUUGAGCCGACUCAUAGGUCGUUCCGCAGCAAGAGUAUGAGAUUGGGCGAUGGGGGCAGCAGGGCAGAAGAGACGGGCGAGGGGCGGGCGAUUGCGAGCUUCUUCACAACUAAGGAAAGCGCUCUCAAGGCGGUGCUGGAGCGAGGGGGUGAGGAUGAAGGCGGUGUGGAGGAGGAGGGUGUGAAGGAGGUUCGGGAAGGACAGGGGGCUGUGGAUGCAAGGGCUGUGGGUGCAGGGGCUGUGGAUGCAAGGGCUGUGGGUGCAGGGGCUGUGGGUGCAGGGGCUGUGGGUGCAGGGGCUGUGGGUGCAGGGGCUGUGGGUGCAGGGGCUGUGGGUGCAGGGGCUGUGGGUGCAGGGGCUGUGGGUGCAGGGGCUGAAGGAAGAGGGGGAUGUGAAGAGGGGGUGAAGGAAGGAGGUGCAGAUGUGGCUUUGCAUGGGCAGCGAGCGGUGAGUGCGCCGCGGGGCUCUGAAUGCGGUGACCUCUACCACUCGCACCUCCACCUCUCUCGCCUCUUCCACCGCUACUGCCACCACGUCCACCUCAUCCCGCCCUCCACCUUUUCCCUGCACACCCAAAACGGCCGCAUCACUCCCCGACCCUCCCCGCUAGGCUCGGCAGUGGCAGAAGGCCCGGACGGCAAACCGGCCGAGGCUGAUCAGGAGGCUCGGCAGCGGCAGGUUCGGGAGGCGGCGCUGGUUCGGUGGGCGGCGGAAGUGAGCUUCCCAGGCGUGGAGGUGGGGUGGGCGCAGUGGAAGGCGGUGGGAGGGCUGCUGGAGAGGGAAAGCGCACUGGCACAUAAGGCUCUGCCUGUCAUGUGGGGGAAGGCAGUCAAAGGGACGUUCAAGGUAAGGCUUGUUCUGAAACAACUUGGAAUCUUCAAGGUGAGAUCUGUUUUGAGACACGACUGGCUGUGUGAGUGGUUGUGCUUGGCUUCUGGAGAAGCAGAGCGCGUUGGCUCACAAGGCUCUGCCUGUCAUGUGGGGGAAGCGGUCAAAGGGACGUUCAAGGUGAGACUUUCCUUUUUAAAGAGGAUUGGCCUAUGGGAAGUGGGUGGAUUGGCCUAUGGGAAGUGGUGGAUUGCCUAUGGGAAGUGGGUGGAUUGGCCUAUGGGAAGUGGGUGGAUUGGCCUAUGGGAAGUGGGUGGAUUGGCCUAUGGGAAGGGUGGAUUGGCCUAUGGGAAGUGGGUGGAUUGGCCUAUGGGAAGUGGGUGGAUUGGCCUAUGGGAAGUGGGUGGAUUGGCCUAUGGGAAGUGGGUGGAUUGGCCUAUGGAAGUGGGUGGAUUGGCUAUGGGAAGUGGGUGGAUUGGCCUAUGGGAAGUGGGUGGAUUGGCCUAUGGGAAGUGGGUGGAUUGGCCUAUGGGAAGUGGGUGGAUUGGCCUAUGGGAAGGGUGGAUUGGCCUAUGGGAAGUGGGGGAUUGGCCUAUGGGAAGUGGUGGAUUGGCCUAUGGGAAGUGGGUGGAUUGGCCUAUGGGAAGUGGGUGGAUUGGCCUAUGGGAAGUGGGUGGAUUGCCUAUGGGAGUGGGUGGAUUGGCCUAUGGGAGAGGUGGAUUGGCCUAUGGGAAGUGGGUGGAUUGGCCUAUGGGAAGUGGGUGGAUUGGCCUAUGGGAAGUGGGUGGAUUGGCCUAUGGGAAGUGGGUGGAUUGGCCUAUGGAAGUGGGUGGAUUGGCCUAUGGAAGUGGGUGGAUUGCCUAUGGGAAGUGGGUGGAUUGGCCUAUGGGAAGGGGUGGAUUGGCCUAUGGGAAGUGGGUGAUUGGCCUAUGGGAAGUGGGUGGAUUGGCCUAUGGGAAGUGGGUGGAUUGGCCUAUGGGAAGUGGGUGGAUUGGCCUAUGGGAAGUGGGUGGAUUGGCCUAUGGGAAGUGGGUGGAUUGGCCUAUGGGAAGUGGGUGGAUUGGCCUAUGGGAAGUGGGUGGAUUGGCCUAUGGGAAGUGGGUGGAUUGGCCUAUGGGAAGUGGGUGGAUUGGCCUAUGGGAAGUGGGUGGAUUGGCCUAUGGGAAGUGGGUGGAUUGGCCUAUGGGAGGUGGGUGGAUUGGCCUAUGGGAAGUGGGUGGAUUGGCCUAUGGGAAGUGGGUGGAUUGGCCUAUGGGAAGUGGGUGGAUUGGCCUAUGGGAAGUGGGUGGAUUGGCCUAUGGGAAGUGGGUGGAUUGGCCUAUGGGAAGUGGGUGGAUUGGCCUAUGGGAAGUGGGUGGAUUGGCCUAUGGGAAGUGGGUGGAUUGGCCUAUGGGAAGUGGGUGGAUUGGCCUAUGGGAAGUGGGUGGAUUGGCCUAUGGGAAGUGGGUGGAUUGGCCUAUGGGAAGUGGGUGGAUUGGCCUAUGGGAAGUGGGUGGAUUGGCCUAUGGGAAGUGGGUGGAUUGGCCUAUGGGAAGUGGGGUGGAUUGGCCUAUGGAAGUGGCUGUGGAUUGGCCUAUGGGAAGUGGGUGGAUUGGCCUAUGGGAAGUGGCGUGGAUUUGGCCUAUGGGAAGUGGGUGGAUUGGCCUAUGGGAAGUGGGUGGAUUGGCCUAUGGGAAGUGGGUGGAUUGGCCUAUGGGAAUUGGGUGGAUUGGGCCUACUGGGAAGUGGGACGGGGGACCCAUCCAGAGCAGCAGAUUUGUGAAGUGCUCUCUGUGGUGCUCUCUGUGGUGCUCUCUGUGGUGCUCUCUGUGGUGUCUCUCUGUGGUGCUCUCUGUGGUGCUCUCUGUGGUGCUCUCUGUGGUGCUCUCUGUGGUGCUCUCUGUGGUGCUCUCUGUGGUGCUCUGUGGUGCUCUCUGUGGUGCUCUCUGUGGUGCUCUCUGGGGGCACCACAUUUGGAACCAUUCCAGAGCAGCAGGUGCUAGAGGUGCUCGACUGGGGGCUGGAGACACGCUGGCUCUUGAGAACUCGCUGGCUCUUGAGAACUCGCUGGCUCUUGAGAACUCGCUGGCUCUUGAGAACUCGCUGGCUCUUGAGAACUCGCUGGCUCUUGAGAACUCGCUGGCUCUUGAGAACUCGCUGGCUCUUGAGAACUCGCUGGCUCUUGAGAACUCGCUGGCUCUUGAGAACUCGCUGGCUCUUGAGAAACUCACUGGCUCUUGA